AUGGCAGCCUUGCUUUUGCUCCUGCUGACAUGGUUGAGUGCUGGGAGCAAAAACCCACAGAAGACAUAUAGCUACUGCAUCGUUGGUGCUGGCCCAGCUGGCAUUCAGCUUGGGCACUUCCUAUUUCAUGCAGGCAGAGAUUACAUAAUCUUCGAGAGAAACAGCAAUGCGGGAAGUUUCUUCGAGAAGUUUCCGCGGCACAGAAAGCUGAUAUCGUUGAACAAACGCUUUGUCAGAGAAGGGCGAGCUGCUGAUUUUGCCUUCCGUCAUGAUUGGAACUCUUUGAUUGAUCUUCGUGAGAAUCGUACUCAGCCAGUGACUCAGAGAUCUUCAGAGCUCUUCCCACAUGCAGAUGUACUUGUGGGGUACUUGCGAGAGUUUGCUGAAGAACAGCGAGAUUUCAUCCGCUACAACUCGGAGGUGGUCAAAGUUAGCCGUCAAGAACUCAGUCCUGGCCAGGUGUUCACCAUCAAGCUGGAGGGUGGAGACAUGACCCAGUGCGGUGAGGUGAUUUUGGCACACGGAUUGACUGUGCCUAGGCAAGGCCAACAGAUGAUUGAUGGACUCGAUUUGGUGGACCGCUACGAGGACAUGCCGGCUACUGGAGAAUCAUUUGAAGGGAAGUCCGUCAUGAUCCUGGGCAUGGGGAAUGCAGCCUUGGAAGCGGCCCAGGAACUCCAAAAGUAUACCGCUGAGGUGCAUGUCUUGGCACGUCCACGGCCUUUGCCGGAAGGUGGUGAAGGGGUACGCUUUGCAUACCAGACGCACUAUGUGGGUGACAUUCGAGCUGGUCGGACUUCUAUACUCGACACCUACUUAUUGAAGAGCUUGGAUGUCUUUGACUUUGAUGCUCUUCAGGACCACAGAGUGAUUGUCCUUCCUUGCAAGGGCAACCGCAGAUGCGUUUGGGUGGCGACUGACGAUGUGUGUGCCGACGAACGAUGUCGAAAGCACUUUUACUCGGACGAACAAAACAUGAGUCUCAUGCUCUACAUGGGACGCAUUGCAUCUCAGCACGAGCCACGCGUGCGUGAAACCUUGGAGCGCCUGGCUCCAGAUGAGGAAGGCCAUGGUUGGGUCUUGGACGUUGCGGAGGAUGUUGAGCCAAAGGUGGAAAGCUAUUUUGCCACAUCUGCAGUUCCGGAGACGAUCGAUCCGAGUGUGUUUGAAGGAUCCUUCACGUGGGUUCUGGUCAAUUCAAGACUCCUGAGAGAAAAGCCUGAACUGAUGGAUGCCAUGGCAGACUUCCGCAUGAAGUAUGCUGCCAAACACACCCGCUUUCCGGUGGAUCACGUCAUCCGCUGCUUUGGCUGGACGAUGGAUACAAGUUUCCUAGACCUCUCCACCAAGCCAGAGAUGCUUGAACAUGGAAAAUAUCCGAACAUCUCCACCACCUUUCAAGUCUCUGGAAUUCCGGGACUUUAUGCAGCUGGAACCAUCAGUCAUAGCCUGGAUUUUCGAAAGUCCGCUGGUGGCUUCAUCCAUGGUUUCCGAUACACCACUCGGACUCUUUUUCAUUUGCUGGAAGAGAAAAACUUUGGUGCCGCAUGGCCACAGAUCUCUUUCGUGCUGGAUCGAGUUGAAGAGUUGACCUCACCGGUCCAUGAGUCGGUGCCGUGGCUUUGCGAGAAGACUCCGUCCGAGCCUGGCUCGGGAGUGGCACACCUGGCACAAGAACUUUUGGACCGGAUUAAUGAGGCUUCUGGGCCUUACCAAAUGUUUGAGUUCCUGGGCGACAUGGUCCUCUUCGAGAAGAAUAGCUCUACUGAGGCCUGGAACGCUCGCUACCUUCUGGAGGUUCCGCUUGAAGAUUUCCACCAUCGCUAUGCUGCCACGGCCAGACUCACUUGGGUCUUCCGAUACAACGAGCACUUUCAUGGUCCAGUCGUGCUGUCAAGUGCUCGCGUUGGGGCUGUGGAAGCACAUCGGGCGCACAAAUCAAACUUUUUGCAUCCCUAUAUUGCAUAUUUUCUGGCCAAUGCUUCCAAGCCUGCCAGGGAGCAUUGGCUGCCAGAGGAUGUACAUACUCAGUGGCACGCAGAUGAAGUGACUUUGCCCUUACGCAACUUUGUGGCGCUGAUCGUGAACGAACUCAUCGAUGGUCCGGCCCAGGACUCGAGGGGGGCAUUGAAUGAGCUUGAGGCGGCCGAGGAGAAGACCAAGGAACAGGUGAAGAAACUAAAACAACUUGCCACUGCAUACAAGAAAUUGGAAUCCGAGAAGAAUGAAUUGGAGGCCAAGCUGAAAUCAGCACAUGGCUCUCCCAAGGCUGGCAAAGUGCCUCACGAGGUCAUUGGCAAAGUGCAGAUGGCCUUGGCAGCAGGUGCAGCUGUGACCUGA